GGAAGUGGAGGAGAAGAGUUUGUGGAGCCGAGAACACGCAGGAGCCGGAGUGACCGUGGCCCGGAAUCACGCAAACCUCGCGGGGCCCACAGGAAAAAAAACAAAACACGGUGUUUGUACAAUGAAAAUACGCGUGGAGGUUUGCGUGGAAGACGUAGGAGUUGACGUGAGAGUGAGUUUUUGAAAGUGGAGCCGCUUCCUCGUUCGAGAACCGAGCGAGAGAUCUGAACAUCCUCACAAAGAAAGUUCGACAGCUAGGCUGCUAACUGAGCACCGGGGAGGAGGGGGGGAGAACCGUGAGCACCGGGGGGGGGGAGACCGCACCACGAGCGGCUGGUAACGUGUCCUCUGUCGAGAGAAGAGUUCCGGGUUCACUCGGUGUUUAAAUGAGUGAAGCCUGAGUUUUAAAACAGUUUUUACUGAGUCGUCAUCAUCAUCAUCAUCAUCAUCAGUGGAGGAGGAAGAGUUGCAGCUGGUAACUCGACCACCAGAGUUUCCGCAGAGCCCCCCCCCCACCCCACCCCACACACCCUCCACCCUCAGGCAGCACCACGACCCCCUUCCGCCGCCGCAGAGACUCCCAGCUCCGGCCCGGUCUGACUGAGACAUGUCCGGCCGCAGCGGAGCCCCGCAGACCCCGGGAGCUGCUCUGCGUCCGCAGCCCCUCAAGGCCACCGUCCCCUACCAGCUGACCGGCAAACCCCGGUCACACCACCGGGAUGGGAGGUCAGCGGGAAAGACCAAACUACACCAGCUGAGCUCUGGCAUGAGGCGGACCAUGUCCCUGGACGCCAUCAUCGGGCCGUACCUGCAGGGACACUGGCCCAAAGAACUCGAGGGCCAGAGCAGCCCCUCAUGCAAAGACAAAUCCACUCAGACACCAGACUCAUGGUCAGAUGCUUCUCAGAGCAGGAGAGGAAGCAGCAGCAGCAACAGCAGCAGCCAUAAGCGAUCAGCAUCAUGGAGCAGUGCUGAACAUCUGCGAGAGAUUGCUAAACUAAAACAACAGCUGCAGCAGCGCAACAAACCUGCAGUCUCUGGGGGACAUGACAAAAACUCACAGCGAGGGUAUCCUCAGAGGAGCUGUAGCCUAGGAACUACUCAGACUCAGUCAGUCCCCGUCCCUCUCGCUCCCUUGUCUACACUGGUCCCUCGACUGCGCUGCAGCGUGGAGGGCCUCAACCAGGAGCUGGAGGGCAUGUUCAUCUGCCAGCCGCCGCAUCCUCAGCACAGGCUCCUCGAGGUUCCUGAUGGUCACCGGGCUCCUGUCCCUCGGCUGAGCUGCAGCAGUGGCUCUCAGAGUGACCCCACCACCACACCCCUAUCCUCCCCCUCCCCCUGCUCCUCUCCCAUCCACAUCUCCUCCUCCCCGCCCAACUCUGAAGACACUCCUGUGGACCUCCACCAAGGUUUAACAGAAGGCGCAGAGAUGUGUCUCCUGUCUCCGUUCUCCUCCCAGAGCGAGGCGGACCUCUCCCUGCCUCUGCUGAUCUCUUCGUCUCCAGGACCCAACAAAAGUUGCUGCUUCCAGCGAGAACCUCCAGAAGGCUGCGAGAAGGUCCGAGUCUGGGAGGAGACCAGCGCUCCACGCCAAUCAAAGCCAACCCCCAUCUCCUCCUGCCCAGACCCCAACAAGGUCAACUUCACCCCCCAUGGUGUCUCAGCCUUCUGCCCCGUCAGCCUCCUGAAGCCCCUGCUCCCCUCCAUGGACCUGUUGUUCCGCAGCCUUGCCAUCUCUCCAGCAGGCAGCUGCUCAAACCUGGGAACGAUUUCCUUCCAGGCGACGUCCCCUGACAACCCCUCCUCUGCUUCAGAUCCUCCUCCUGCUGCUACCACUGCCACCGUGGGAGAGAGCUCUGGUCAGGGCCUCGCUUUCUGAUCAUUGCCGCAGAUUGUUUUCUGAAGAAAUGAGUUUGUAUAAUUCAAAUCUUUGAGUCUUCUGGGAAAGAUUUAGCACAGUGGCUUUAUUUUAGGAAGUUCCCAUCGCUUUUCUACACAGGCAUAAAAAAGAAAUUAUGUUAAAAAAAUAAAAAAAAAAUAUAUAGAAAGAAAAUGAAUAUGAUACUCGUGCGUGAUCCAAAGCUAUGCUGUAUAAGUUGUGUUGGGUUUCCAAGCAUCUCUAAAUUAAUUUUAGUUGAGUCAUUUCAUUAUCCAAAGAUUUAGUUUUGGCCAAACCAGAGUGAGCGACGGGCAGUCCAGUGAAAGGACGGCUCGUUUAUUCUUCAACGUGAUCUGAGAUGUGAUUCGUUGACUGAGUGCACAGAUUGUUCUGUUUCCCCAAAGAAGCCAUGACAAAGACUUUUAAUUCGCUGCUGGUUUUAAAACUCGUGUUCCUCUCUGUCCAAAAUCUUGGGAGUCUGGGUCCAGUAAGAAAAACACAUCGUGGAUAAGUUUGUUUUUAAGCAUUCAAAGAUAUUUAUCUGCGAUUCUCCUUAGAUUUCUUUUCCCACCUAACUCGACCCUUCAGCUGUUGCUGGUGUACAAAGCAUGACAAAUCAGUGGGGUACUUUUUCUUUUUUUUUUACCUGAUUUAAAAGUGACACGAGUAAGUUAAUAGUUGUAGACUGAAUGGAAUAUUCUUCAUGCAUUCCUGCUUUAAACGUUCCGGCAAUGUUAUUUUUUGUUCUAUCUUGUUUACUUGCAAAAAAAAAGUAACAUGUUAAAGGAUGAAAACCUGCUAUUCCUCGAUGUUCUAGAUGUGUGCUUGACUGUAUGUUUAUAGUUUGGAGGUUUCACAGCCUAGUUGACUACCUAACCAGUUUUAGUGGUGUAGAUUUGUCAUCAAGUGUUUUUUCUUUGACGAUGUUCUUUUUCAUCUGCCAUGCUGACAAGCUGAUAGAGGUUUAUUUCUGGUAGACAUGUUUGCACAAAUUGAACUGCUACGUUUGAGUCGCAAUUCUUAGUUUUAUAUUCACUUUUUGUACUUCAUUGUAAAUUUCAGAGUAGUAAUGUGUAUUUUCUACACCUUUUUUUUUUCCAAUUACCUGCAACAUAAGCUAAAAACAGUUAUUUUAGUUUCGUUCUGUCAGUAUAAGUGAGGCAGGUGUUACGUGAGAUGUGUCAGGUGGAUUUUUUAUGCACUUCCAGGAGAGGCUUUUUACGCUCGUUAGUCCUGGGUUUAUUGUGUCUGACAGGAGUUUUGUUGAUGGGUGUCUGUAUGUGUGUGUGUGUGCACGUGGAUGAGAAGUUAACUAGUCUGACUGUUUGACUAACUUCCACUAGUUGUAGUGUCCUGGUGAAACGCUGAUGCAUUUAAACAUUGUCUUUUUCCAAAUAAGCCUCAAUGUCAAUGUUUAUAGAGUCUGCAAAGAAGCCGGGGACGUGCUGUUAUCUCAGGUUCUGUGUUCUGUCCACAUAAAUAUAUGAUUGAUUAUU